AGAGUACAGCUCUAUAGAGGCUGCUGUUUUCGCAAAAGGAAGGGUGAACAAAAAUAUAUUAAUUUGAUUGUGGACAGUAGCUUGUAAGAUAUUGUAUGUGAUGUCUAGUUAAGGACUUUAGUAAAUUAUUUUAAAUACUUUAUUUUAUCUAGUACAUUCUACUCCCAUCGACGUCUCUGUUUACUAAAGUUCUUUUGAGAUACACAUUAAGAACAUAGAGUAGCUAUAACUUGAUUCACACCACUGAUAAUGUGAUGGCCACAGAUGGAACCCCUCUGAAUUCCACUUUAGAACCGACCAGUCGAUUGAUUUUAUGCCACAUUUCCAUCUGCACCGUGAAAGCAGUCUCCAAAACUCAUCUCUCAUGAAACUCAUGAAACUGGGGCUGCCGCUAGUUCAAUGGACAAUCCAGUCUGCAACCAAACAUUACACUAAAGCCAAGGACCAUCUGUAUCACAUUUUUGUAUAAUUGCCAUUUAUGAAUGAAUUCACCAACCUCCAGUAUUUUGCUGACAGUUUAAAAUAGCCUAUAUUCAGCCUACAAAAAUGCACCUGUAUUGUCGUUCGCAUUGGACGCUCAUUAGGUAACUUUCAUCAAUUUGAUCUUGAUUUGCUGCUGAUGGAAAUUCUUAUUUCAAAUUUUAAAAAGUCUUAUUUCAAAUCACUUUCAGGUCAAUUCCAGUGGUAAAUUGAAACAUGUCUUCUUUUUAUUGUUAUAAGAUAUUAGUGUAUAUUUAUCACAGUCUAUGUGUAUUCAUGUUACAUAUGUCAUAUUUAGUCAGGAAAGGCCUUUUUACAGCAAUGGACCACCUGGAUUGUGCAAUCUGCCUGGAUCUGUACAGGACUCCAGUUACCAUCCCCUGCGGACACAACUUUUGUAUGAAGUGUAUUUCUGAGCACUGGGACAAGGCUAUCAAAGAAGAGAAGGAGAGUGCCUGCCCACAAUGCCGCCGAAGCUUCCCAUCGAGGCCUGAGCUGAAGAAGAACAUCGACUUGUCCGACUUGGUGGACAAGAAGCGGAAAGAAGACAGUGUGAAAAGCACAGAGCCUCCUAGUAUUAGCAGAGCGGCAGCAGGGCUGUGCAGUCGGCACGGCAAAGCACUGGAGCUCUACUGUGAGGUGGAUAAGAUGUGCAUCUGCUGUGCUUGCGUCAUCAAGGAAUGCAGCACACACAAGACACUCCUGGUGGAGGACGAGAGAAAAAGCAGAGAGAUAAGACUGAUAAAAAACAGCAAAAAAGUGGACAUACAGAUUGAACUGACUGAAAGGAACAUUGCAGAGCUGAAGGAAAACAUUGACACAGCAAAGGAGUUGUCAGAGCGCACAGCAGAGUGGUUGUCUAAUAAGUUCUGUAAGCUGCUACAGAAUGUGAAGCAGUGCCAGGAGGCCAUGGCACAGUAUGUGGAACAGGAGAAGGGGAGAGAGCUGAGUUGGGCUGAGGAGAAUCUACAUCAACUUGAACAGAGUGCUGAGACACUGAAGAAGCAUCGGGAACAGACUGAGGCCCUGCUCAAAAAACAAGACAAUGUUCAAUUUCUGCAGGAGUCUCAGUUCAUUGACCAGCCACCCUUGAUGAAAAUUCCAUUGACUGUUACCUUGGAUUUAGAUGCCAAAGUGACUGCUGUGACUGACAUAGUGUCCAAGAUAUCAAAACUGGUUUUGGAGGAUUUGCAGAAAGUGACGUCUCCUGCUGACACACAAGAAGUGCAAGACUCUCCAAAGGAAAAGCAGUGUACUGAAGACAUCUGUGCGAAUCCUGCUGUCUCCACCAAGUCUCCCAUUGGGGAAUGCUAUCAAGCAUAUUACCACCCACUUUCCUUUGACCCCUGCACAGCCCAUAACUACAUCAGGCUAUCAUGUGAGAACCACAAAGCAGAACACAGGUCAAAUGAGGUGCAGAAGGUCCCUGCACACAAGGCCCGUUUCGAGGGCUGUUGCUGGCAGGUGCUGUGUGCGGAGGGGCUGGAGGGCGGGCAACACUACUGGGAGGUAGAAGUCUCCCAUCCGUGGGUCUACCUGGGGGUGGCCUACAGCUCCAUCAAGAGGAAGGAGAGGAACAAACAGUGGUUUCUGGGUAUGAACAAAGAGUCCUGGAGCCUGCAGCUGAGUAAAGGCUGCUGCUUUGCAUUGCAUGAUGGUAAAGAAGAACGGCUGGGGGAGCAUGACUACAAGAGAAUUGGCCUCUUUCUGGACUACACGGCAGGCACCCUAACCUUCUACGGGGUGGGGAGUAAACUGAACCACCUUCACACAUUUCACACCGUCUUCAGCCAGCCGCUUUACCCAGCCUUCUGGAUCGGGGAGGAUGUGAGUGUCACACUCUUAUAACAGACAACGUGGGAACUGUUUCUUCUAGUUAUUGAUUUACACUGCAACGUUUAUUAAAGGGGAGGCCCAUUAGGGAUUUUUUUAAGAUAAGUUAUACAGCAUAUCUGUUUGCAAUUACAAAUAAAUUAUCUUUACUGUUUUAGCUCUCCACAUGUUCUAUCCACUGCUGCAGGUGCUGUGAAUGCUGUACUAUUGCACUCUUACAUUUCCUUCUUUCCUAAAUCCUUGUGUGGAUGCUUCAAUGCAAUUGAAUUCAAAUACAGACCAGACAGAAAAGUUAUUGUAGAAAAAAACAGAAAUGUUUUUAAAUCGGACAAAAUCAAAGGCUCUGAUUAGAAGUCACCUUGCUAAUCCACAGAAGUGUUGUUUUGCUUUAUGUAUUUUUCUUUUGUUUUCUGAAAAGUCCUUCUUAAAGGCAUUUUUAUUUUUAAACUUGGAACUGUGGGGGAAACCUUCUGUUUAAUACUCAAAAAUUAGGCACACAGUCCUUGUUGGGAUAGUGGGCUGAAGAAUACCCUUGUGGGUAUAAUGAGGAUUACCAUUCUUGGCAUUUAUAUCAUAAAUAAAAGUGCCCACUGGGCUGAACCUGU